CAUGGAAUCAAAUAACCAUAAUAAGAAGUUGCUCCAAAAUAUGCUCAAUCAGAUAGCUGAAUCUAAAUUUGAUGUCCCAUUCGAGAAGCUGUCAGUGAAUGAGUACUGUCCAACUCGCGAUCUUUUCCAUCGCUGCCAGCAGGACCGCAAUAGAAUUAGCAAGAAGGGAACCGCCAAAAAGAUGUCAUUUGUAAUGAUGAACGUGAGUGAUGUAUACGGGUCUAACGAUGACGGCGAUGACGGUGACGACACUACCAACGAGACACCAGGUGGAAGUGCCGGCACAAUCAGAAAGGAUGCUAGCGUAGUAAAACCAACCAAGAGACUUCCUAUGCAGGAUAGCAAUAUUAAUCCCAGGAGAUCCAAGCACUGAUUCUUCAACUCACAAACCAGCAUUUCCAGCAUUAGUAUAAGUAAAUAACACAAAAAAAUCAAUAUCACCCAUCUUGACCAAGUUAUAUGAAAUUUCUCAGUAUUCCAAGCAUAGCACUAACAUUUCCAUAGUAACAUUAGUAAAAAUAAAUAGCAUACAAAAAACUCUCUAAAUCUCUAUCUCUCAUAUCUAUCAUCAAGUUUAUAACCAGUUUUCAGUAUCGCAAGCAUAGCACUAGCAUUUCUACAAAUAAAUAAUAACAUAAAAAAAAAAUCUCUGUCACUCAUCUCUGAUCAAGCUUAUAUCAAAUUCUCAUUAUU